ACGCACCCGCGCAAGGAGCCCAUGGAGGCGCUGAACACGGCGCAGGGCGCCCGCGACUUCAUCUACAGCCUGCACUCCACGGAGCGCAGCUGCCUCCUGCGCGAGCUGCACCGCUUCGAGUCCAUCGCCAUCGCGCAAGAGAAGUUGGAGGUUGCACCACCAUCUCCAGGACAACUGAGACAUGUGUUCUUCCACAAUGCAUUACCUUUUGUAGGGUUUGGAUUUUUGGAUAACGCAAUUAUGAUUGCUGCGGGAACCCAAAUAGAACUGUCAAUUGGAGUUGUUCUAGGAAUUUCAACUAUGGCAGCUGCUGCUUUGGGAAACCUUGUUUCAGAUUUAGCUGGACUGGGUCUUGCAGGUUAUGUAGAAGCUUUAGCUUCAAGGCUGGGUCUGUCGAUUCCUGACCUGACACCCAAACAAGCUGACAUGUGGCAAACGCGUCUCAGUGCACAUUUGGGUAAAGCUAUUGGAGUGACCAUUGGCUGCAUUUUAGGAAUGUUUCCUUUGUUGUUCUUUGCCGAUGAGGAAGAAAAACUGGAAGAAAAAAAUUAACGUUUUUACAAGACAUAUACAAAUGUAAACUAAUGUACCUCAAUUAUACAAUUAUGCUGUCAACAUUUAGGAAUUAACAGACAGUUAAAAAAAUGUAUAGACUUGGGAACAAAACCUUCAGCAUGUCGUUUUAUGGAAACACUAAUUUAUUGUGGCUUUGUCGUGUUCAGUACUUCUUUUUAUAAGAAACCAUUUAGCUUUUUAUUUAAUGUAAAUUUUUGAAGUGCUUUCACUUAUGGCAGCAGAUGUUUACCACUUCCCCUUUUGACUUUGUUCUUUAAUGGAUUUUUACUUUAAUGAUCUACCAUAGACGACAGUAUCACUCUUGAGUUGCGUUUUAGUUGCUUACCAGCUGUAAUUGCAU